AAUUUCAGGCUCUCUUCAUGCUGCCCAAGCGCGAAGGACGAAACCAGACACAAUCACGAGGAGCUCAGGCUUAAUCAAGCAUCAUUCGCGAUUUGUGCCACCAGCCACGGCAGCACCGCCCCGCCGACGUCAUCGCGACCACCCGCAACUUUUACGCAUACGCAUACGUCGGCCACUUCGCCCCUCACCUGACAGGGAUAUUCAAACGUCACUACCGCAAACCUACUACAAAUACCUAGCCUGCUGCCGCUUUCUAGAUUUUACUCUCACACCAUCACACUCCCAUAUCCUCUAACUUGUAUCACUUCUGCGUUACACGUACCAAACACACAAAAUACAUCACGAUGGCUUCCACGGUUAACGUCGAGAACAUCUCUACCAAGACAAGCGAAGAUGAGAUCAAGUCCUUCUUCAGCUUCUGCGGAAAGAUCCAGUCCCUCAGCGUAAAGUCCACGGGCAACGACACCCAGUCCGCCUCCGUCACCUUCGAGAAGGCCGCCGCCGCAAAGACCGCCCUCCUCCUAGACAACACACAGCUCGGCCCCAACUCGGUGCAAGUCAGCUCAGCGAAAUCCAUCGACGAAAUCGCCGGUGACAAGGCCGCGUCUGCCGAGGAAGCCAAAGACGGCGACAACACCAUCGAGCAGGAGCAGAAGCCCCGCGCCCGCAUCAUCGCCGAGUACCUCGCCCACGGUUAUGCCAUCUCAGACAAGGCAAUCGAGUCUGCUCUCGCCGUGGACAAGCAGCACGGAUACAGCACCAAGUUCCUGAACAUUCUCAACAACUUCGACCAGAAGACGCAGGCCACACAGAAGGCGCAAGCCGUUGAUGCCAAACUCGGUGUCACCAACAAGGCAUACGCUGCCUACAACAGCCUGACGACCUACUUCGACAAGGCUGCCAACACACCCACAGGCCAGAAACUACGAGGCUUCUACGACCAAGGAAACAAGACAGUCGUCGACGUCCACAAUGAGGCCCGCCACUUGGCAGACCUUAAGAAGAGUGACAAGAGCGGCAAGCCUUCAGCGGAGGAAAGCAACGUGCACGCCGUGUCUGGCAGUGACAAGACGCAAUGCAAUUGUGCUAGUGACGCUGGCAAGUGCGGAUGUCCCGAGGGCAAGUGUGCAUGCGCUGGGUGCGCAAAGGCAUAGGAUGCUGAUAGCGAGUCUGCCGCUGCUACCCACGACUUGAGUUAGAUUCAGGAUGAAGGUUGUGGAAGGCGAGGUUUCUGUUUUCUUAACGUGAUUGAUGAUUCCCCUUGGUUAUACAGUCUGUAUAAGUUCGCGUGAUAGCGAUGGCGAGGCGAGACGUGGAGUUUCGGGGGCUUAAACUAUUGUGUAGAUGUACACUAGUCCCUCAAAAUUGACACUCCUAUGAUAUCAUUGCA